AUGUCCCAGUCCUCCAGUCGCUCGAAACCGCUGCCUGUACGGAGCGUCAACAGCCUCAGAAAUGGAGGAGCCAGAUCCCGAGAAUCGUCGAGGCCGCGCAGGAAAUCUAUAAGCGCCAAUGAUGCGUACCUUUACGCUUUGAGGGUGGCGUAUCUGGCAUACCUGUUACAGCCUCGCAAAACGAGAAAGAAACAUGUCGAGACCAAGCCCGCAGUCAGUCGCGCAGCGACCUCUAAUUCUUUCAACGACCUUAUGAACGACUUCACCGUGGUGCGAGAUUCGAAAAGCACAAGGAUCCCUCAUGAUUUCAUUAGGGCACUGGAAAAGAGACUGCAAGGCAUCCUCAUGGGGAGGGAGAACCGGCAAGAAUACCAGGAGCCAAACGUCAAGAGAGUGUUUGCCAUUUUCCUCAACACGUUGUCCGACCCAGCUUUCAAGAAACGCAUGGAGGCAGACCGAAGGGCAGAAGACUUGGUCCUCAUCUUCUUCUCAACAGCCACGAAGGAGUUACAGCGGGGCCACCAGCCAGGAGACGACGGCGUCAAGCGCAUGGUUGACCGCCAUGUCGCCCUCUUCGUCCGGCUGAUGUCGCUAAUUCUGAAGGAUAAGGACUGGGCAAAGGACAAGCCCGAUCUGGCCACCCGGUUACACACGCUGGAGUCGAAGUUACUGAAAGGAGACGAAAAUCUGGCGACCUCUCAGACGAACGGAGAACUCAAAACCGUGGACGAGGUGGUGCCGCUCAGCUACGAGGUCAAGGACAUGCCCCUGGUUCUAGUGGUUGGGCGGCUCUUCGGCCUGACUCCCACCAUGGUACAAUCCGACAUUACCAAGCACAAACCGGUGUGGACGGAGAAGGCAGCCCUGCAGGAUCUGAAGACAUACCAACAACACCUCACUCUGGGGACAAAAAUGGUCCUCAACACUAACGAUUUUGAUACCCACGAAGCGUAUGAAGCGUGGAAGAAGAGCGAAGGACCUGACCUGUCCCAACUCAUGCUCGCCAUCAUGCAGUCAAACCCCGAGUUGGCCAAAAGCACCCCCGGAAGCGCUCUGCCUCAAUUCAAGGACCAAGCCGAGCCGACGAGUCCGUCCGACGCUCACUAUGCUGAACUCUCUAGAGCCAUUUCGCAAGGGGGAGAGCCAUCUUCCUAUGUGUUGGAUCUGCCGGCAGAUCUAAGCGCUCUCAACUCGAAUGUGAAUGAUUCCUCCCAACGUAACGAUGACGCAGCCGAACUCUAUACCUUCAUACCUCCUGAUCCCAGAUCCAUGUUUCGAUAUAUAAUGCUUCAAGCCCUUGAUCAUGACCUAAACGAUAAAAGGAACGAAGGUGGGGCGCAAUUGUUCUCCAAAGAGACCACAGAGGUCCUGAACGAGAUCGCCCUGAGAUGGCGAAUACCAAAGUUCACUCGCAUUGUCCUCUUCCUGGAUGUUGUCCGCGAGAAGUUUGUCGAAGGAGCCAUUAGUCUGGAAAUGCUAGAUGCAGCCUUUAAUUACGUCAAGGAGCCUCCGCAGGAGGAGCCGAAGAACAAGAGGAGCUCGCUGAUAAUGAGCUCGACUCUGUACGACCGGAAUAAUUGGACCGUUGCCGACUUCGCCCUGAUGGGUAAACUCUUGAAUGCCAUCUACGAACGCCUGCUUCGCGAUUUGUACGAGGUCAUAUCGACCUCUUAUGCCGACAAGGCGCAACUACCACGGCUCGGAGCGAUCAUGGCUGUGAUGGACGAGCACAUUCGGAGCGAUCCCAGUUUCCGCCAAAGCCCUGAAGACUUUGAGAACUUCAAGGCUGCCGCCAUUGAUGGUUUGGCUACCGAAGCUCGAAAAAUGUACGACAGUCUUCUGGACCGUGAGUUGCCUCAAGAGCAGGAAAAGUGGGAGUGCUAUCACAUCAUGCAGCUCGCAAAAGCCGUGUUGAAGCUUGCAGAGAAAGUACAAAAGAGGUUCAAGAAGAACCCUGAGAUUCUCGGAAUCAAUCCGCUCAUGAUCUUGGUCAAUUCUACUCUACCUGCAUUUGCGGAAGACUCGAAGGCUAUGCUGGAGCAAGUCUUGGACAAUGCUCAGAGAGACGGGCUUGAAGUCCCAAUCCAGGACGGGUUUGAUCUGUAUAAGGAGUUGAGCGACUUCCGCCGAGUGCAUGCCGACGCCUUGCCUCAUGUGCCGUUUGCCUACAAGAUUGAAGAUCUGCUGAGCGAUUUUGUUUGGCGAUGGAUUAGAACGACCGAAGCACAAGUCAUGGGCUGGGUGGAGAAUGCGGUAAAGCAGGAUGAGUUCAAGGUCAGAACGGAAAUACCUGGUCAAACCCCCACUGAAGACCAGCGUCAUUCCACCUCCGUGCUCGACAUAUAUAGCUCUUUCAAUCAAGUCAUCAACCAGAUCGGUGAACUGAAUUGGGACGACGACCUCAGCUAUGCCAAGUUCAUGACGGCUCUGUCAAAGGCAAUCGGCCAAGGAAUCUCCCGGUACUGCGAUUUACUGGAUCAGAUGUUCAGCAAGGAGAUGGAUAGGCUGACUCCUGAGCAAGAAGCUGCUGCCAGCAUGACUAGACAGGAGAAAUGGGUCCAGCUUGCCAAGGACACCUGGAAUCAGAAAGAGAGAGUCGAGCCUUUCAAUUUCUAUCCUCAGUCGUUCGUCAAGCUCAACGACAUAUCCUUCGCUAUCCAGCAAUGGGACAAGCUCGAGUCCGAGGUCAACGUUGACGGGUGUGCUGAAGUGAUCAAGAAACAUGCUCCUCCGCUGCAACAGCGACCAAAGAAGACAUCCAACUACGUCUUCACCAUCAAGAUCGUUGAGGCUGAGGAUCUCAAGGCUUGUGAUGUCAAUGGUCUUAGCGAUCCGUAUGUCGUGUUGACCGACGAAUACCAGAAGAGACUAUUCAAGAGCAGGAUAGUCUACCGGAAUCUGAACCCUCGAUGGGAUGAGUCAGUGGAUAUCACCACGCAAGGGCCCCUCAAUCUCAUUGCAACCGUCUGGGACUGGGAUGCUGUGGGAGACCAUGAUUACGUGGGUAGGACUUCCCUCAAGCUCGAUCCUUCGCACUUCAGCGACUUCCUGCCACGAGAAUACUGGCUAGACCUCGAUACCCAAGGACGGGUGAUGGUUCGUGUCAGCAUGGAGGGCGAACGCGACGACAUUCAGUUCUACUUUGGCAAGGCGUUUAGAAGUCUUCAGCGGACACAGCGAGAUAUGACACGCAAAAUCACCGACAAACUAUCUGCCUACAUCAAUCACUGCCUCUCCCGGCGUGCACUUCGGUCAUUGCUCAACAAGGGCAUCUCCAUGGCCAAUGUCUCUGCCAACGUCUCGUCCUUCUUCGCCAGAAAUCGAGUCUCUACACUACCGCCUACGACGGCCAUGCCCACUGACGCCGAAAUCGUCAACGCUAUAAAGCCAUUGUUCGACUACUUCGACGACAACUUCGCCAUUAUGCAGCAAACGCUCACCUCGGAAGCAAUGAAAGCCGUUAUGACCCGUAUCUGGAAAGAGGUCCUCGUCACGAUAGAAUCGCUUCUGGUACCCCCGCUUUCCGACAAAGUCUCACAGCAGAAAGCCCUGACUCAACAAGAACUUGACGUUGUUUUUAAAUGGCUCCAAUCGCUGUUGGAAUUCUUCAACGCUGUGGAUGAGGACACAGGAGAAGCUAAUGGCAUCCCCCUCAACGUGUUGAAAAACCCAAAGUAUCACGAACUGCAGAUGCUGAAUUUCUUCUACUUCGAACCGACGGACUCACUCAUCCGCGAAUCCGAACGCAUGGCCAGCGCGACUGCAGCUUCCCAACAACAACUUUCGCGGUCCCGCUUUUCUGCGCCAGCAAAUCUAGGUACUGCGAACCUCCUGUCCCCAGGGAACCUUGCUCUUGGUGGCGGAGCACGACGAGCUAAGAGCAUCAUGCUCUCCCGCAACCUGGGGACCAAGCGGAAAGCCAAGGAAGAGAAGUGGAAAGCCGCUCAGGCGGAACCGAAUGACGAUAUGAUCCUCAGGAUUCUGAGGAUGAGGCCGGAGGCGGGCACGUAUCUCAGAGAUCGCAGUAGGCAGAAGGAGAGGCUGGCUGCUGCGGCGGCCGCGGAGAUGAUUGUGAGGCAGAGCCUUCUCUCUGGUGGCGGCAGAAUGACAGGGCCAAGUGUCGUUAGACGAUGA